AAGGAAAGGGAAGGAGAGGCGGCCAGAAGAGGGGUAAGAGCGCGCGGCUGGAGCGCAGAGCGCGGAGCCGAGGCGAGCGGCGCACAGCGCUGACGGCGGCGGCGGCGCUCCGCUCCGACUUGACUCCGCGCCGGCUUUUGCGGGCGGCCGGCGGCGCGGGGCCCUUUGGAAAUAGAAUAGCCAAUGUAAUCUGACACUUCAACUUGCUCGGCUCCGGGCGAGUUGAUUCACUUACUCACCCCCUAACGCCGAGUUCCUUUUCACUGUCUGUGGACAUUAAAAAAGCAAGCGGCGGCGGCGGCGACGGCGGGCGCCCGGGAGAGCGAGCGGCCGGGCGGCUGAACGAGCAGCGUCGGCGCAGCGCGGCGACCCCAGCCCCGACCGGUGCGGAGCAGGAGCAGGAGCCGGAGCCCGAGCCGAGCGGAUCUCGGUGCCCUCGCUGCGCUCCUCCCGGCCGGAGCCGGCCCUACCGGGUGGCGGUGCCACUGGCGGCGGCGCGUCCUCCAGCGGCGGCAGCGGCGUUCACAGCGCCCGCACUCAAACCAGCGGGCCUGGGCUGUACCCAGGCUGCUGGGCAGCCGCCUUCUUCACCCAGCAGCCUCCUUUCCUGGACUCCUCCACAGUCUCAAGUCCUGGUCCACUGACAGAAGUGUGAGCAGGAGGAAGAGGAGGUGGCCUGGUGACAUCAGGCUAAUGCUGCAAGGGGUGUGAGAAGAGGAGCCGCUGUGCAUUGCUGAGCUGCCAGACUUGGGAAGGAGGAUGGAGCUGGAGUGAGGUGACUGGGCCGCGAACUGCUGACCGGCACAUUGCUGGGGCACUGCUGAUUGGUGGAUCACUGAGGCUGGACCACGUUCAUGGCUCUCGGGUAGAACUCAGUGAAACGGCCAGAAUGAAUUCUAUGGACAGGCACAUCCAGCAGACCAACGACCGACUGCAGUGCAUCAAGCAGCACCUCCAGAAUCCUGCCAACUUCCACAAUGCCGCCACGGAGCUGCUGGACUGGUGUGGGGACCCACGGGCCUUCCAGCGGCCCUUUGAGCAGAGCCUCAUGGGCUGCCUGACGGUGGUCAGCCGGGUGGCAGCCCAGCAAGGCUUUGACCUGGACCUUGGCUACAGACUGCUGGCUGUGUGUGCUGCGAACAGGGACAAGUUCACUCCCAAGUCUGCUGCGCUACUGUCCUCCUGGUGUGAAGAGCUCGGCCGCCUGCUGCUGUUGCGGCAUCAGAAGAGCCGCCAGAGCGACGCCCCUGGGAAGCUCCCCAUGCAGCCCCCCCUCAACUCCAUGAGCUCCAUGAAACCCACUCUGUCACACAGUGAUGGGUCCUUCCCCUAUGACUCUGUCCCUUGGCAGCAAAACACCAACCAGCCUCCCGGCUCCCUAUCUGUGGUCACUACUGUUUGGGGAGUGACCAACACGUCCCAGAGCCAGGUCCUCGGGAACCCCAUGGCCAAUGCCAACAACCCCAUGAAUCCAGGCGGCAACCCCAUGGCAUCAGGCAUGACCACCAGCAACCCUGGCCUCAACUCCCCGCAGUUUGCUGGGCAGCAGCAACAGUUCCCGGCCAAGGCUGGCCCUGCGCAGCCUUACAUCCAGCAGAGCAUGUACGGCCGGCCCAACUACCCCGGCAGUGGGGGCUUCGGUGCCAGUUACCCUGGGGGUCCUAGCGCCCCCGCAGGCAUGGGCAUCCCUCCUCACACCAGGCCACCUGCUGACUUUACACAGCCGGCAGCAGCCGCUGCAGCAGCAGCAGUGGCGGCAGCAGCGGCCACAGCCACGGCCACGGCCACAGCCACUGUGGCAGCCUUGCAGGAGACGCAGAACAAGGACAUGAACCAGUAUGGACCGGUCUGUUCCUCUUUCCAGAUGGGUCCCACCCAGGCGUAUAACAGCCAAUUCAUGAACCAGCCCGGGCCACGGGGGCCUGCCUCCAUGGGGGGCAGCAUGAACCCUGCCAGCAUGGCGGCUGGCAUGACGCCCUCGGGGAUGAGCGGCCCUCCCAUGGGCAUGAACCAGCCCCGGCCGCCCGGCAUCAGCCCCUUUGGCACGCAUGGGCAGCGGAUGCCCCAGCAGACCUACCCGGGCCCCCGGCCCCAGUCCCUUCCCAUUCAGAGCCUAAAGAGGCCGUACCCAGGAGAGGACCGUGGCCUUGAGCUUGGCCUGGCAGUGGGUUUAGACUCCGAAGACCUCAAGUUCCUGGAUGGACAGCCCAAUUAUGGAAACCAGCAAUACGGACCAAACAGCCAGUUCCCCACCCAGCCAGGCCAGUACCCCACGCCCAACCCUCCAAGGCCGCUCACCUCUCCCAACUACCCCGGGCAAAGGAUGCCGAGCCAGCCCAGCACCGGGCAAUACCCGCCCCCCACGGUCAACAUGGGGCAGUAUUACAAGCCAGAACAGUUUAAUGGACAAAACAACACCUUCUCGGGAAACAGUUACAGCAGCUAUAGCCAAGGGAACGUCAACAGGCCUCCCAGGCCGGUUCCUGUGGCAAAUUACCCCCACUCACCUGUCCCAGGAAACCCCACACCCCCCAUGACCCCAGGGAGCAGCAUCCCUCCCUACCUGUCCCCCAGCCAAGACGUCAAACCCCCCUUCCCACCUGACAUCAAGCCAAAUAUGAGCGCCCUGCCGCCUCCCCCAGCCAACCACAACGAUGAGCUGCGGCUCACCUUCCCCGUGCGGGAUGGUGUGGUGCUGGAGCCCUUCCGCCUGGAGCACAACCUGGCCGUCAGCAACCACGUGUUCCACCUGCGGCCCACGGUCCACCAGACGCUGAUGUGGAGGUCUGACCUGGAGCUGCAGUUCAAGUGCUACCACCAUGAGGACCGGCAGAUGAACACUAACUGGCCGGCCUCGGUGCAGGUCAGCGUCAACGCCACACCCCUCACCAUCGAGCGUGGCGACAACAAGACCUCACACAAGCCCCUGCACCUGAAGCAUGUGUGCCAGCCGGGCCGCAACACCAUCCAGAUCACCGUUACCGCCUGCUGCUGUUCCCACCUGUUCGUGCUGCAGCUGGUGCACAGGCCCUCCGUCCGCUCUGUGCUGCAAGGCCUUCUUAAGAAACGCCUCCUGCCGGCAGAGCACUGCAUCACGAAAAUCAAGCGCAAUUUCAGCAGCGUGGCUGCCUCGUCCGGCAGCACGGCCCUCAGUGGGGAGGACGGCGUGGAGCAGACGGCCAUCAAGGUUUCUCUGAAGUGCCCCAUCACAUUCCGACGCAUCCAGCUGCCUGCCCGUGGCCACGACUGCAAGCAUGUCCAGUGCUUUGACCUGGAGUCGUACCUGCAGCUGAAUUGUGAGCGAGGCACCUGGAGGUGUCCUGUGUGCAAUAAAACUGCUCUCCUCGAGGGCCUGGAGGUGGACCAGUACAUGUGGGGGAUACUGAAUGCCAUCCAACACUCCGAAUUCGAAGAAGUCACCAUCGACCCCACGUGCAGCUGGCGGCCGGUGCCCAUCAAGUCAGACCUGCACAUCAAGGACGACCCUGACGGCAUCCCCUCCAAGCGCUUCAAGACCAUGAGCCCCAGCCAGAUGAUCAUGCCCAAUGUCAUGGAGAUGAUUGCAGCCCUGGGUCCUGGCCCAUCCCCCUACCCGCUCCCGCCACCCCCUGGGGGCACCAACAACAGCGACUAUAGCAGCCAAGGCAACAAUUACCAGGGCCAUGGCAACUUCGAUUUCCCCCACGGGAAUCCCGGAGGGACAUCCAUGAAUGACUUCAUGCACGGGCCCCCCCAGCUCUCCCAUCCCCCAGACAUGCCCAACAACAUGGCCGCCCUUGAGAAGCCCCUCAGCCACCCCAUGCAGGAAGCUAUGCCACACGCUGGCAGCUCUGACCAGCCCCAUCCCUCCAUACAACAAGGUUUGCACGUUCCACACCCCAGCAACCAGUCAGGGCCUCCAUUACAUCACAGUGGGGCUCCUCCUCCUCCUCCUCCUUCCUCCCAGCCUCCCCGGCAGCCGCCACAGGCCGCUCCCAGCAGCCAUCCACACAGCGACCUGACCUUUAACCCCUCCUCAGCCUUAGAGGGUCAGGCCGGAGCGCAGGGAGCAUCCGACAUGCCGGAGCCUUCGCUGGAUCUCCUUCCAGAACUCACCAACCCUGACGAGCUCCUCUCCUACUUGGACCCCCCCGACCUGCCAAGCAAUAGUAACGAUGACCUCCUGUCCCUCUUUGAGAACAACUGAAGGCCAUCCCUGCCGGGGCCAGUCCUCCCUUACCACUCAGCCUCCUACCCCGUCUGCCCUACACGCUCUCCUCCCGGGAGCCCCGGGCCUUUGGCUCAGUCCCCCUCGCCCAGAGGCGCAGGCCUAGGGCUGGGGAGCCCUCCCCUGCUGCAACCUCGAUGUGGACGUGGAGGAGGCCGUGUGGAGCUGCGGCCCACCUCCUGCCUGUCCGCCCUGGGCCUGGGCCCACGCUCUGAGCAGGCCCCGAAGACGACCCCCUAAGGGGGACCCGGCCCUGCGAGAGGUGCCCGGCAGCAGCAGUAGCACUGACAGCUUCUGGUCCCUGUGGGAGCCGACUCCAGGCGACCUUCCAGUGUGCCCCAAGGUUCUUCCAUUUUCUAGACUGUAACCCUCCCUGCUUCCUGGCCCAGAGCCUCCUUCAAGUGACUAUGGAGCCUGAGAGAAAGGGCUCCCCUACCCUGAAAUCCAAGGGUGGGGGCCUAGACCUUGGAGGAGCAGUGACAGUGGUGGCAGGGAGAUCAGCCUGCCCACCCCCCACCACCACCACCAAAAAGCACAAACCUCUGGGAAGGAACAUCUCUCAGGGGUCAGGGGUCCUUGGGUUGACCCCUGACCUCUAAGCCAAGCCACCCUGACAGCACUCUCAGACCGUGAAGGACACGCUUGUGUGUUUGACAGAGGGUCUGCCCACUCCUGCUUUGGGACUGGUGGGAAAGGGGCUCAGGGCUUCUCCAGAACCAGGACAGUGCGUGGGGCAAAGUGUGGGGGUGGGGGGAAGCAUGACCUUCCGAGUCAGACCAGCACCGGGCCUUGGAGGGCAGAAAGCACGGAUGGACCCAGUUGGGAGCGUGUCCUUGGGUGGAGACCUGGGUUUGCUGCCAGCUGGUGUCACAGUUGCAGCUCUGCCCACCCCACCCCCACCCCCAAUUUUUAAGCAGUGACAAUUAUGUUGGACUUGGACAGAAAGUAAAUAAUUUCUCCAUGUAUUCAGUUUCUGCUUCACCCAGCGCCCCCUACCCCCACCCCUCGGCACCCACCCUUCCAAGACUGUGCUAGAGGAUACCUGUUUCCCUGUGUGUCUUGGUUCUCUUGAUCAGAGGGACAGCAGCGAGGCAAGGAGGCACAGGGGUCCCAGAUGUCUGCAGCCUCUGUCCAUCUGUGCCUGUGCCCAGGCCGCGUCCAUUGCCAUGCGUCCCGUGGCCGCCUGGGACGCUGCCCUUGGCCGCCAGCCUUGCCUCCCCUUUCUUUCAAGUCCACCCUGACUACAGAGGUCGUUCUUGCUUCAGCGGGGACGGCUUUUGGUCUUCCCUUCCCUGCCCGGCUCAGUCUGGCCUUUCCCUCCUCAGGGAGCGUGUCCUGAGUCUGCCUGCGUCCCAGGCUCGUGGGUUGCUUCCCUGAGCUGCACAGCCCGUGGUAACAUCGGGACCGUCCAGUCACUUGGGUCCUGUCUGUAAAUUCUUUGCGCCCUUCCCUGCUGCUGCCUGCUGGGCCCUUCCCUGGCCAGCAUCCCCGGUCACUGUCGGUCUCCUCGUCUCCCUCCGUAUGGUGGGUGGUCCCCAGCACUCCUGUGUACCGGGAAGGUGGCCCCAGCUGCUGACUUCAGUAACAGCCCUUGGCACAAGGUUCUCUGUUGGAGUUGUCAUUGUCCCCACUCCACCCUUACCUACUACCCCCCUUUUUUUUUUCCUCUGUCCCGUUUGUUGAGGUUUUCCCAGAUAGCGUUCAGUAUGCAAAUCAAUUAUUUUAAGAAAUGCUUUUUGUAAAUAUCUUUGUGAAUAUUUUAGUAUCGUCUUUGAUAAUAUUCAACAUUUUCAUGACCUGGUUAUAGCCUUUGCUGGUGUUUUUAAAAUACCUGACUCAGUGACAAAAACCGAGUCCUUCUGUUUUCUUUCUUUCUUCCUUCUUAUUUUUUUAAAAAAACAAAACAAAAACAAAAAAGCAACCAGGGCUAUUGUACAGAUGAGGGACAUCCAGGGUGAGUGGCUGCACUGGGGGGCCAGGAAGCCAGAUGACCACUGUCCCAAGCCAUCUCCAAGCCAGCUGCUGCUGGGCAGCUUGUAGCCCUAUAGCUGGCUAUGCUCUGUGUUGGACCAUCUGCCCCAGCCACACUUGGCAGACACCUGCCUUCCAACCUUCCACUCCCUGCCAUUUGAUGCUUGGCCCAGUGUGACUUUUCCAGGUUCUUGCCUGGCAGGUUCUUGCCCUGCUAUGCCUAGACAGACUCUUCUCACAGGCCUAUCUGUGACUUCCUAGUGCCCAAGGCUAUGUGCUCACCAAAGCACGGGCUCCCCCAACCCCAGUCAUCUCUGGCCUUGGCACCUGACUCUAGACCCUGGGUCCCUUCCCAAGCAGGCCUCUCUACCAGCAAGUUCAUCCAAGAGAGGCUGGACCCGGAUCGUGGUGCCGGAAGCUCCCCGGUACUUGGGGCAUGAGGUGGGGGGGAUUGUCCUCUUCCGGGGUGACCUUGGGGUACAAUGGCAAAGUCAAGAAGGGUGGGGAUUCAGGCAGGCUGCCACAGGAGCCAGCAACAAUAGGCAGCGUGUCAGCAAGGCAGGCGCAAGCCUGAGAAGACAACUGCCCAUCCUUCCAGAUGCCCGCCUGCAGCCCUAAGUCACCUAGGGGGAAAAAAAAAAGAAAAACAAGACCUUGGCAAGCCACCCUGUGGGACAAGCAUCAAUCCAACCCCCAGGUCCAUUUCUGCCGCCACUCGCCAGCCAGCAAACCAAUCCGCCAGGCAGAGAGCAGGCAGUCACCCCCAUCUUCUUGGUUUGAAGCUUUAUCUGUGUUUCAUGUUCUGUAGCCAUUUUAUUUUUAAAAAAAGAAAA